GAAACUCUACAAUCAAUCCACCCCUUUGUUCGGCUAUAAAUAGCUGCAAUUUGUUUAGAUAAUCUCAAGAGAAAGAGUAUCUGUUAGAGAUGAUGAAGAUGUGUUUCAUGUGGCUUGUUUUGGUGGUGUCCUUCCUGCAAUUGUGCACAGGGCAGGACUUGCAAACACAAUAUUUAAGCCCUCACAACGAUGCAAGGUCUCAAGUAGGCGUUGGCCCUCUGGUGUGGGAUGAUACUGUGGCUGCCUACGCGCAGAGCUAUGCUAAUCAGCGCAUGGCGGACUGUGCAUUGCAGCACUCUGGUGGUCAGUAUGGAGAAAACAUUUUCGAGGGACAAGGUGCGGAAUACACGCCCGCAGAUGCCGUGAAUUUAUGGGUUAGUGAAAAGCAAUACUACAAUUAUAAUUCCAAUUCAUGUGCUCAAGGGCAAGUGUGCGGACAUUAUACUCAAGUGGUGUGGAGAAAUUCGCAGAAGCUUGGGUGUGCUCGUGUUAAAUGUAAUAAUAGUGGUAUUUUCAUCACCUGCAAUUACGAUCCGCCUGGGAAUUACGUUGGGCAUAAGCCCUACUGA